UGACAUCUACAACGCAACUGCAGCUACUUGACGUUUGGGGGAUGUCAAACCUCCAUUUUCUUUUUCAUUCCGCUGUCGUUGUAGUGCACGUGGAACUCAAAAACAGGUAACAUGGUGGCCCAAAAGAAGCAGAAAAAGGCCAUUGAAAGCAUAAACAGCCGCUUGGCCUUGGUCAUGAAGUCGGGCAAAUACUGUCUGGGCUACAAACAAACCCUCAAAACUUUGAGACAAGGCAAAGCCAAGCUUAUCAUCAUUGCCAACAACACCCCUCCUUUGAGGAAAUCUGAAAUUGAAUAUUACGCGAUGUUGGCUAAAACCGGAGUGCACCAUUACACUGGUAACAAUGUGGAGUUGGGCACAGCCUGUGGUAAAUACUUCAGGGUUUGCGCCAUGUCCAUCACCGACCCAGGAGACUCUGACAUUAUUAGAUCCAUGCCAGCAGGCGAUGGAGCGCCCCAAUAAUGUAUAGGUUUAAACAAUUUAUAAUAAAUGUAAAAAAAACCUU